GAGUUCUUACUUAUUUGGUAAUAGAUAUUGAAGAUAUUAACAAUAAAGCUUAGAGCAUAAUAAGAAAUAAAAUUUUAUUUUAAAAGAGUAAAUAUUUUCCAGAAAUUUGAGUAAUUUAAUAUGACACUAACCCCAAAAUCUGAUCGUUUAAUAAUACUUUGUAAGACUGUAACCCUACUUCAUCCCCAACUUCUUGGCAAUUACUUUUAAAAUGUGAAAUUCAGAGAGAAAUUAUUCUAAACAAACUAUAAAAAAGCAAGUAGUAAUUUUUUCCAUAGUUAUCUAUCGUACAGUAUUACAAAUCUAAGUGAGUGCAGUAACUGCCUAGGACUCUAAGUGCCGCUGUUCACCUACUUAGAAGAUAAAUGUAACAAAAAACCAUUCGGAUACUCAGGGCUCCCACCUCACAGAGACCAGCAGAUCUCACAAACCAACUGCAGGACUGCAGCAAAAUUCCGGCCCUACAUUUGGGACACUUCAGCUUUUCAUAAGGUGAUCUACAUAGCUGCAGCAACAAGGUAAACAAGACAUAUUUGCCCAAUGAGGAUUCUCAGUGGAUUCCUUAGCGAAAGAACAAUGGCCGCUCCAAAGAAUUACAGAGGACGCGGCGAGCUGGUACUGUUGUGCGCGCUCCUGGGCACGCUCGGAGAGAUGGGGAGAGGACAGAUCCGCUGUUCCGUGCCUGAAGAGAGCCAUAAAGGUUUCUUCGUGAGUAACAUCUCCAAGAAUCUGGGGCUGGAGUCACAAGAGCUAGCUAAGCACGGAGUCCGCAUCAUCUCCAGAGGCAGGACGCAGCUCUUUGUUCUGAACCCUCGAAGCGGCAGCUUAGUCACGGCGAGCAGGAUAGACCAGGAGGAGCUCUGCGCUCAGAGCGGGCGGUGUCUGGUGAACUUUAAAGUCCUGGUUGAAGACAGGGUGCAACUUCACGGAAUAGAAAUAGAAGUAACUGAUAUCAACGAUAAUAACCCGAAAUUCCAGGUCGAAAAUCUGGAAGUAAGAAUUAACGAAAUCGCUUUGCCCGGAACACGUUAUCCACUCCCAGAGGCUGUUGACCCAGAUGUGGGCUUGAAUUCCCUGCAGAGCUAUCAGCUCAGCCCCAAUCACUACUUCUCCCUGGACAUGCAAACUGGAGACGACGGAACUCUAAGCCCAGAGCUGGUGCUGGAGCGUGCCCUGGACCGCGAAGAGGAGGCUGCUCACCAACUCGUCCUCGUCGCCUCCGAUGGAGGCGAGCCGCGUCGCUCCAGCACUGUGCACAUCCGAGUGACAGUGUUGGAUACAAAUGACAAUGCCCCAGUUUUUGCUCAACCGAUUUACCGAGUGAAAGUCCCAGAGAACGUGCCCCCGGGUACCCGGCUGCUUGCUGUAAGCGCUAGCGACCCGGAUGAGGGUACCAACGGAGAAGUGGCUUAUAAAUUCUGGAAAAUUAGUGAAAAACAAUCUCCGUUAUUCCAGCUUAACGAAAAUACUGGCGAAAUAUCAACAGCAAAGGCUUUAGAUUAUGAAGAAUGUGCAUUUUAUGACAUGGAAAUACAGGCUGAAGAUGGUGGGGCAUUGAAGGAUCGGACCAAAGUACUCAUUUCAGUGGAAGAUGUCAAUGACAAUAGACCCGAAGUGACCAUUACAUCUUUGUUUAGCCCCGUCUUGGAAAAUACUCUUCCUGGGACAGUAAUUGCCUUCUUGAAUGUGCAUGACCAAGACUCUGGGAAGAAUGGUCAAGUUGUGUGUUACACACAUGAUAAUUUACCUUUUCAGUUAGAAAAAUCAGUAGAUAAUUAUUAUAGAUUAGUGACGUGGACAUAUUUGGACAGAGAAAAGAUCUCUAUGUAUAAUAUCACAGUGAUGACCUCAGAUCUAGGAACCCCACCUCUAUCUACUGAAAUUCAUAUUUCCCUGCUUGUGGCAGAUACCAAUGACAAUCCACCCAUUUUCCCUCAUGCCUCCUACUUAGACUAUAUCUUGGAGAACAACCCCAGAGGUGCCUCUAUCUUCUCUGUGAUAGCCCACGACCCUGACAGUGGCAGCAAUGCCCAGGUCACUUACUUUCUGACCAAAGACACCAUCAUGGGGGCGCCUCUCUGCUCUUAUGUCUCCAUCAACUCUGACACUGGCGUCCUGUAUGCGCUGUGCUCCUUUGACUAUGAGCAGAUCCAAGACUUGCAGCUACUGGUGAUAGCCAGUGACAGUGGGGACCCUCCACUCAGCAGCAAUGUGUCACUGAGCCUGUUCAUAUUGGAUCAGAACGAUAAUGUGCCAGAGAUCCUGUACCCCAUGCUCCCCACUGAUGGCUUCACGGGCGUGGAGCUGGCACCCCGCUCCGCAGAGCCAGGCUACUUGGUGACCAAGGUGGUGGCAGUGGACAGAGACUCGGGCCAGAAUACCUGGCUGUCCUACCACCUGUUCAAGGCCAGUGAGCCAGGACUCUUCACAGUGGGGCUGCACAUGGGUGAGGUGCGCACAGCGCGGGCCCUGCUGGUCAAAGACGCGCUCAAGCAGAGCCUGGUGGUGGCUGUCCAGGACCAUGGUCAGCCCCCUCUCUCUGCCACUGUCACACUUGCCUUGGCCAACAGCAUCCCAGACCUCGUUGCCAACCUAAGUAGCUUCCGGACCCCCACCAACUCUGAUGAUUCAGACCUCACACUGUACCUGGUGGUGGCAGUAGCCGUUGUUUCCUGCAUCUUCCUCACAUUUGUCAUUGUGCUGCUGGCUCUCAGACUGUGGCAGUGGCACAAGUCCAGUCUUCUCCAGGCUUCAGGUGGUGGGUUCGCAGGCCUGCCGGCCUCAGGCUUUGUGGGCACGGAGGGAGUACAAGCUUUCCUGAAGACCUAUUCCCACAAGGUCUCCCUUACCUCUGAUUCGCACGGGAGUCACAUGAUCUUUCCUCAGCCCAGCAAUGCAGACACGCUCAUCAGCCAAGAGAGCUGUGAGAAAAAUGAUUCCUUGUUAACAUCUAUAGAUUUUCAUGAAUGUAAGGAUGAAGCUGCUUCUGUUCAGGUGAGUUCAGUUCUUUGUUUAUUUCUUAGAGGAAUUAUAUUUUGUAUAAAUAAUUUGUGCUUUGAAACAUGCAUUGUGAAGAAAGUUUAAAAAUAACUUUUGA